AUGACCGGACAUUACGAAAUGCACAUGGGGACAUACGCCGGAGCCAUGACCCCAAAAUCGCACAUCCUGCUCACUAGAUCACAUUCAGCGAGAUUCUCGUUUUACAGCGCUGUGAACAAGAUGGCCGCGGUAGACACUGGCCUUGACGCUCAUGCGUCUGGGGUAGCUGCCAAGCUGGUCUCGGCGCACGCCCUGGAGCACCCAAUGAAGCUGUACGCAGGCUGGUUCUGCCCCUUCGUGCAGCGGAGCUGGAUCGUGCUAGAAGAGAAAAACAUCCCGUACCAGUACGUUGAGAUCAAUCCGUACAAGAAGGCUGCCGACUUCUUGGCGUUGAAUCCGCGGGGGCUGGUGCCAACUCUGGCAGUGCCCAUGGACGGGCAAAGCAAUGUCCAGAAGCCGCUGUACGAGAGUACGGUUAUCUGCGAAUAUCUGAACGAGGAGUUUUCAGAGGAGAGCAAGUAUGGCCCAGACCUGUACCCAUCAAGCGCGUACCAGAGGGCGCGGUGCAGGCUGUGGAUUGACCAUAUCGGCACCAAGAUCGUCCCGGGCUUCUACAAGUUUAUCCAGCACACUCCCGAAAAGGAGUACUCAAUCGACCAGGCGCGAUCCGACUUCCUCGGCCACAUCCAAACGCUCGUCAAGGAGAUGGACGACAGCGGGCCGUGGUUCCUAGGCGACAAGUUCAGCAUGGUGGAUGUCAUGCUGGCGCCGUGGGCAAAACGUCUAUUCCUCAUCGACCACUACAAGCCUGGUGGCCUCUCCAUCCCAGUGGACCAGGGCGGCGAGGAUGGCGCGGUGUGGAACCGAUGGAUGCACUGGUACGAUGCAGUAUCGGAGCGCAAGAGCGUCAAGGACACCUGGAGCGAUGAGGAGGACUACAUCAAGGCAUACCAGAGAUACGCAGAGGAUACGACGCAGUCGCAAGUGGGUCAAGCUACGCGCAAGGGGGAGAAGUUGCCGUGA